AUGUCUGGCAUCCGGUUCGAUGUCCAUCUCUUUGACGCUAGUGACGAAAAGUCUAAAAGGACAAACUGUGUUCCACUGAAGGAGUUUGAUGUCGGCAAGGCGAAGCUGUCAGAGGUGCGAUCGGCUUUGAUUGACAAUGGCGGGCUUGACGCCAGCAAGGCUGGCUUCUCGUUCUGCUCGUCGUCUGGGGCGUUGGUGAGCGAUGCUACGUUGUUUGCUGACUAUCUGGAGAUUCUUGGUGAAGGCUCUGAGGAUGACGAGGAGGUGGAAAAGGAGAAGAAAGAAACACCGGAUGAGAAAGAAGAAACAAUAAACAAGAAAAAGAAAACCGCAAGCAAGGCGAUCUAUAACAUCUACAUCUUUCUGAAGGCCAAAAAGGCCCGAGAAGAUCUGGCUAAGGAGGCCAAGGAGCUGAGGAAGGAGCUGAAUCUGAAGCUGAGUGACAAACCUGAAUUGCUGAAAGCAUCGCUGGAGCAGCUGGAGAGCUCCUUUGCCAAAGCAGACUGGCUAGCAAAGGCCAACAAGACCACGACUAAUCCAGCCGAAAUGUCCGAGCAAGAAUGGAGUGCAGUCAUUCGCAACAACAGUCUCACCAGUGCGUCCAGACUGGUGUUCUCCAACCUAGGAAGAGAACCAGAUGGCACCCAGAAGGUCAGGUUCCGGCGGAUCGAGCGAGCACCGUACAGUGCAUUUGUCCUCAAACCGAGAAAGUUCCAGCCUCACGAAAUCGGCGAUACGGACAUCAAAGUCGAGCAGCAAUUCUACAUUCCUCGUUUCGUCGUCACCGAUGACUCGUAUGUGGAUGUGUUUGAAACCAAAACGUCCGUGGCAACCGAGAUGGCUCGCAGUUCCUUUUCCUCGAGGGAGGCUGAACUAUCCAUCGAAGGAGGGGCUUUUGGCGUCAGUGCUGCUGCCAGUGGUGGGUUUUCAAAGAAUCAGAGUGAUGCGCUGAGCACGACAAACACUGCGGACAGCAGUACAAUGAACGUCACCUACAAUUUCCCGAGGGUGGUCAUGCAUCUGGAUCAGCAUAGUCUGGAUCUGUCCGAAGAAUGUAGCAAUGACCUCGCCGGGGUCCGUGACGUCAAUUCUUUGCUUGCUUUUCACCAUAAAUAUGGCCACUUUUUCGCUACUCGCGUCGAGCUCGGCGGAAGACUCUUUUCUUCCGAGAAGCUCAGCGUGCUGGGAGCAUCCAGCCAGUCUGAAGCAGCCAAGGCAAUGAAGAUCGCGGCCAACCUAUCCUUCUCGUCCAAAUAUGCGUCUGGAAGUGCCAGGUACGGACAGGAAGAUCAAGAGAAUACAUCGGGUGCAAGCUCCGACCGGAGCAUGCAGAAAUCAAUCUCCUGGCAGGCUCAGGGUGGCGAUACCCUGCUUUGCAAUAACCCACCGGAAUGGUGUCCCACCGUUGCGCCCGCGCACAACUGGCGAGUGAUCAAGCAAGAAGAUAUCAUUCCCCUGGGCGAGUUUAUGGGCCUAAUUCCCGGAUACGAAGACGUGCCCACGCGAUUCGCCAGACUGACCGAAGUCACCAGGAGAAAGGAAAAAGUCGGCUUCCAUCUCAGGCUUGCUGAGUCUAGUCCCAUCAAAUAUCUGUCUCUCGUCCACGCAUGGGCGAUCCACGACGAGGUAUCAAAGCUUUACAAAGCACAGGCGGCCGAAGGCUUCGAACGAGGAGAAAUACAACCGCCAGCUCAUCUUAUCAGGUAUAAAUUAAACGAUAACAAAAUGCUGCUGGUCCAAGAUGGGUUCAUGGCAAGUGUGAUUCAAAACAUUUACGACAACGGCGAGCCCGGCCUCAGCUUUGAGCCAGACGGCGACCAGAAUGUAUUUGAAAUUGAGGUGGAGACGGUGCUGAACCAGGCCCCUACUAUCCGAUAUCAAAGACGGUACCGCAUCUUCAAUCUCAAGCGUGGCUUGUGGCUACGAGCGGUGACCAUCCCCUCCAGAGGGCAGGAGAUCACCCUCCUCACUGCUAGCUAUGAAGGCGAGGCGACUCUGUUUGAAUUCCGCGACGGAGACAGAGAGGGCCCCGUCCACAACGGGGAUAACUGCCAGGUGAUUGUAUACGGCGCAGACGGACGAAGCAAGGGAUGGUUGGGAUAUUCGCUUCGGGACGAGAAGAAUGAAAACAUGGUCAAGGAUUCUGUGUCGAUUGGAGCGUUGCCGUUGUCUUCUCCGAUCAGCAAGCGCAUUCCGUCCCUGAUUUUCGAGACGGUGGACCUGGGUGAGUCCACCGUUCGUGAAAAGGAGGGAAAAGGUAAAGACGAUACCCCAGAGAAGGAGGGCAAAGGUAAAGAGUACCUUUUGCCAAGUGCGGUCGGUAGAAACGAACUUGCUAUAAAAUGAAACGAGUAUCGCAUUUUCAUGGCGGUACCGAACUUGAACUUGUUCGGUAUUUACUGAAACGUUGAUUGUCAGUUAUUUGUUACGUAUUUAGCCUUUAAACCGUUUUGUUCCUCGUAUUCUGACUAUAAAAG